UUUACAUUUCCAUUAAACAUUUACAGGCUCGAAAGAAGAACGUUUCACGCUCUUCCGUCCACCACGUGCGUUGUGUAAAUUGGGGAAGUUGACAUGUCCACCUGGCACAGUGCGCGUACGACUCUGUCCUGACAUGCGUGAGACGUCCAGCUUUGACUGUAAGAACUUAUGUGCCUGAGAGUCUGACACAGGUCUGUUCAAUGGCUACCUCAGGCUCCACCUCUUCUGCCUCCAUCACUACCACUGUGCCUGAGGAUUUCCAUUAUGAAACCAAGUACAUUGUGCUCAACUACUUGGGAAUGCUGCCUGCUAGUAGGUCACAGGUGCUGACCACAGCUCCAGGAGAUGCCCAGAAUGAGAGAGAGAGGACCACAAUGAUAAAAAGGCAGAUAGAGGAAGAGCUGAGACAACUGGAAGAUGAAAUCGCUGCCUCCUUUUCCACUACAGGCUUCGACCGGCACACGUCGCUGGUGUUUAAUCCGGCCAACCCAGACGCCUCUAUUGAAGACUGCCUUGCUGCAGUGGGAGACCGGGUGGCCAGAGAGCUGGACGCACACCUGACAGCAGCCGUACACACUCUCCUCGCAGGGCCUCUGGAUUACCAGAGAUUCAGAGACAUAACACUGGAUCUCUCAACUCACACGCAAGGAGGCUGGAACAAGGUGUUAGUACCUUUGGUGCUGCUUCAGGCUUUACAAAGCGAGGGUCAGUCACUGACAACUCUGUUGCAUCUGGGCGUACGCUUCCUAGAGGAGGAUGAAGCUGGCUACAUCGUCCAGCAGGGGGGAUGGAGUGAAGUAUUCAGACUUGAAUCAGAGGAGGAACGCGGUGUGACCAUUGCUGAAGACAGCAACGACAUUUACAUCCUUUCAGGGGAGCAGCAUCCUGACCAGCUCAGCCCCCCCUCCUCGUUGCUCUGCACUGGAGACAACAGCAGUGAGCAGAGCUCUUGGCAGACAGAAAGCUUACCCGUGUCUCUGGCUGGCCACGAGUCUUGGGCACAAGUUGGUGUGAUGGACCCUGAAGACGUGAAGAGUCUGGACAGCAAUGAGGGUGUGGCUCUGGCCGAGGAGCGCAGCGAGAACAACUCCUCAAACUCAGACAUUGUCCACGUUGAACGCGAGGAAGCUGAGCUGCUCGAGGAAGGCGGUGAAGUCGGAGCGAUAGAAGAAAGCAUGAUGAGUGUUUUAGGCACAGAGAGCGAGCUGGCUGAGCUCAGGGAAGAAUUUAGGGACCAGACUCCACCUGUUCCAGUGUCAGCUGAGGCAGGCUCCACAGCCUCCCUGCUUUCAUUAGAGGAACCAGUCGUUAUAGAGACGCCUACAGUCUUGUCGGCAGAGCCUUCCCUCAUCUCCUCAGAACCUGAGCUGCUUCCCCCGGGCCUAGAAGCUGAUGCACACCCUCCCUCUGAGCCAGAACCUCCAGCACCUUUAUUUGUUCCUGCAGUAGAACCAGAGCCUGAGCCAGAACCGGCUGCCACCCCUGCCCCAGUGCCUGCUGAGGUGGUACCCCCAUCUCUGGCCAAGGAAGCCCCUGCAGCACCAGCAGAGCCUGAAGCCACCUCAGAACCAGCUCCUGAACCAGAGCAGGAGCCGGAGCCUGUCGCAGUGCCUCCCCAGCCAGAACCCGAGACUGUGGCAGAGCCGGAGGCCCCGCUGUUUGCACCCCCUGCCCCGGAGGCCCCUGUAGAAGCGCCAGCUGAGGAGCCCCUGGUGCAGCAGGAGCCAGCAUCGGAGCUCCCAGUGCUGCUAUAUGGAGGUGCUGCACUGGUGGUCCUUGCUGCUGUGAUGGCAUACGGUGCCAUAAGCUACAGGAGGAAGUAGACAGUAUCUCUGGCAGGGAAGGAGAAUAAAAAGUACAAGCUGUUAUGGUAGAAAGAAUUGUAUUAGUACACAGGGACAGGGACUUGCCUUACAAAUUGUUUUGGAUUUAUCAAACGAGGCUGCAUUUUUUUAAAAAUCUGCUAUGUUUUUGGAGGCUACAAAUCUGUGACAACGCCCCCCAGCAAACAAAAAUCUCACGCCAUCCACAACCUUACAGCUGGGAGUCCUGGCUGCUUCAUCACACCAGGUGCAAACACAGAAAGGGGAAAUGUUGUGAUGUUUUCCUUCUCUUUUAGUCCUUCUGGGCAGUUUUGUGUUAAAGUUCUUAAGACUCCAGCCCUGCAUCUCUUAUAUUGGAAAGUCUGUGGACUUUUAACCCUCCUCUGCUAGUUUUUGUUUCUUUUGUGUCUGUGGCUCACCGUUAGGAUUGUUUUGUGCCGUUUGCGUCAGUAUGCUUGCAUGGAAAAAAUCACUGACAACACUCCCUUAGUAAAUCUCAAAGCCCACAUUUACUGUUGCUGUGUGACUAAAAGUAUUCUAGCGCUCUUUUUUGCAUUUUUUUUCCCCCUCUGUGAUGAGUCAGUCCGAUACUUUCUCUGAUAAACAAACCAAAUGUGUUAUCUGUAAGUGAAACCAAUAAUUUGAUUUUUAUGUCAGUGUGAAACUACUGCUGACACAGAACAGGCAUAUUUGGUUGAUGUUCCAUCUUUCUGUAUUGCACAAGAGAUUUGUAUCACUUCACAUGCAGCGUGUGUGUGUUUUCGUGUAUUGAAACAUUAAAGAUUUUGCCCAAGAAUG